AUGUCUAAUAAUCAAGAAGAAGACACAACCGAAGAAUUUCGACAACCUCCAGUUCCAAACCUCCAAAUGCAAGCGAUGUUAGGGGAGAUGAGGCGUAUGUUGAGGGCUGAAUUAGAACCUAUUCACGAAAGGUUGGACAGGGUAGAAGCGGAAACUCCUAGGGGCCAGCAACAUGACAUCCACAAUAGGCAGCAUGGUGGGCGUGGUCCGUGGCGGAAUGUUGAUGGAGAGGCGGAGUCGGAGGAGUUUGAUGAGCAAUAUUUGAACCGAGGCAGGAUUGAGCGUGGGUAUAGAAAUAGAGAAGCUAGGAUGGGUAGGCCUAGGAGGGAUAACGAUUUAGGAAAUAUAAAGAUUAAAAUCCCAUCUUUUCAAGGUAAAAAUGAUCCUGAAGUUUAUUUGGAGUGGGAAACUAAAAUGGAGAUGGUUUUUGAUUGUCACAACUACUCAGAGAUAAAGAAGGUUAAGUUGGCUGCAAUUGAAUUUACCGAUUAUGCCAUUGUGUGGUGGGAUCAAUUACUGAUUAAUAGGAGGAGGAAUAGAGAGCCACCCGUGGACACUUGGGAGGAAAUGAAAAUGCUUAUGAGGAAGCGUUUUGUACCCAGCCACUAUUAUAGGGGAUUGUAUCAAAAAUUACAGAGGUUAAUUCAAGGAUCUAAAAGUGUGGAUGAGUAUUACAAGGAGAUGGAGGUAGCUAUGAUCCGGGCAAAUGUAGAAGAGGACCGGGAAGCCACCAUGGCUAGGUUUUUGCACGGUUUAAAUCGUGAGAUUGCGGAUAUAGUCGAGAUGCAGCACUAUGUUGAGUUGACAGAUAUGGUGCAUCAAGCCAUAAAGGUGGAGGAACAAUUCAAACGAAAGGGAUUGGCUAGGAGGGGACUGCCUAUGGCUACAACCAGCUCGUGGAAGACAACUCCAAAAAGGGACGAGCAGCAACAAAAUAAGCCAAAAUUUGAAUCCUCUAAGAAUGCCAACUUAAAGACCGCCACUACUUCAGGUACAAUCGAGACUUCAAGUUCUAAGACACGUGAUAUUAAAUGUUUUAAAUGUCAGGGGCGCGGACAUAUAGCCAGCCAGUGUGUAAACAAGAGGGUGAUGGUGAUAAAUGCCCAAGGAGAGCUUGAGUCAGAAAAUGAGGAAGAAGUAGAUAAUGAUGAUAUGCCAUCUAUGGAGGAUGCUGACGAUGAGCAAAAUGCUGUGGUUGGAGAUUUAUUGGUUGCAAGGCGAGUUCUCAAUGUGCAGGUUAAGGAGGAAGAAAGUAACCAAAGGGAGAACUUGUUUCAUACUCGGUGCUUUGUAAAUAACAAAGUUUGCAGUGUCAUUAUCGAUGGUGGGAGUUGCACAAAUGUAGCCAGCACUUAUUUGGUGGAGAAAUUGGCUUUAACUACCUUGAAACAUCCUCAACCUUACCGGCUUCAGUGGUUGAAUGAAUGUGGGGAAAUCAAGGUGACAAGACAAGUGUUGGUGGCAUUAUCCAUUGGCAAAUAUGAGGAUGAGGUGCUUUGUGAUGUGGUUCCUAUGCACGCAUGCCAUUUACUGUUGGGAAGACCAUGGCAGUAUGAUCUGAGGGUUACGCAUGAUGGAUUCACAAAUAAGUAUUCCUUCACUCUUAAUAGGCAACCUAUUACUCUUGUGCCAUUAACUCCAAAACAGGAGUUUGAAGAUGUCCUUCCUGAAGAGGUACCAUAUGGUUUACCUCCAAUCCGAGGGAUUGAACAUCAAAUUGAUUUCAUACCUGGUGCAUCAAUUCCAAACCGACCUGCUUAUAGGAGUAAUCCCGAGGAGACCAAGGAACUUCAGAGGCAAAGAGGAAUUGAGGUGGAUGAGGAAAAGGUGAAGGCAAUCCAAGAGUGGUCAACGCCUACAACAGUCAGCCAAGUGAGGAGUUUCCACGGCUUAGCUAGCUUCUAUAGACGGUUUGUGCGUGAUUUUAGUAGCUUAGCCGCCCCUCUUACUGAAGUCAUCAAGAAAAAUGUGCCGUUUAAGUGGGGAAAAGAACAAGAAAAGGCAUUUAGUCUGAUCAAAGAAAAGUUAACUAAUGCACCUUUGCUUGUUUUACCUAACUUUGCUAAAACUUUUGAAAUUGAGUGUGAUGCUUCAGGCAUAGGAAUUGGAGCUGUUUUGAUGCAAGAAGGCCGUCCAAUUGCUUAUUUCAGUGAAAAGUUGAGUGGGGCAGCCCUAAAUUACCCUACUUAUGAUAAGGAGAUGUAUGCCUUGGUGAGGGCUUUGGAAAAUUGGCAACACUAUCUAUGGCCAAAGGAGUUUGUGAUUCACACAGAUCAUGAGUCUUUGAAGCAUUUGAAAGGACAGCAAAGGUUGAACAAACGCCAUGCCAAGUGGGUGGAAUUCAUUGAAACAUUUCCGUAUGUGAUCAGAUAUAAGCAAGGUAAGGAAAAUGUGGUGGCUGAUGCAUUGUCCCGAAGGAAGGACCGUUUUCCAGAGAAGCGGCGUUCAAAACUCCUACCUCGGGGUGACGGGCCAUUUCAAGUAGUAGAACGCAUCAAUGAUAAUGCCUACAAGCUUGACUUACCAGGUGAGUAUGGUGUCAGUGCAAGCUUUAAUGUUGCUGAUUUGUCUCCUUUUGAUGUGAAGAUCUCGGCACGAGUUGCUAAAACCUUGUUCAGGCGUACAAAAUACGACAUUAAUAGUGGAGCCAUCUGUGGGAUUCGUCUUAUAGAUGUAACGUGUCUUUUGUAUGCCAGCGACAACCUAUUCUCAGACAACUCGAGGACCAGAAGCCCUAUCAGAAGACAUGGAAGCAAGUUUUGCAGAAAUGGAACAUUUGAUAAAGACGCUAACCGCACAAGUGGAAACACUUCAGAAGAAGAACAAAGCCCUAUGGGUGGACACUACCAAGCUACUUGA